AUGUCCUCCUUGGUUAAGAGAUUUGCAUGUGUGAUCGUGCAGCAAGUGCGUCAUUCAACGAAAAGAGCCGCUGGUUCAAGAACCUCUAUGAAAGACUCUGCAGGUAGAAGACUGGGUCCCAAGAAAUAUGAAGGACAACAAGUUAAAACAGGUCAAAUAUUGAUGAGACAAAGAGGAACCAAGUUUUAUCCCGGAGAAAAUGUCGGUAUAGGGAAAGACCAUACUUUGUUCGCUUUGGAACCAGGUAUUGUUAGAUAUUAUUUGGACCCAUUCCAUCCAAAAAGGAAGUUCCUUGGCGUGGCUCUAAGUAGAGAUUAUAGUUUACCAAAGGACCAUUUUGCUCCAAAUGUAAGGAGAUUUGGAAGAGUUGAGAUCAAGAACGAAAAAGUAGCUCAAAUGGAAGAAGAAACAUUACCAAGGAAACAAGAUUUAUUGAAAAGUUCCAUUUUAGAAAAAUUACAAUCUCGUGAUUCGAAGAGAGUUGAACUAGAAGAUCAAUAUUCCAAACUGGUGAAAGAUCAAUUUAAAUUACCAAUUACUGAUGAGGAAGAUUUGCCUUUAGCAACGAAAUAUUUGGCCCGUUUGAGAUCUUCUUUGAAAAACGGAUUCCCACUUGAAGAUGCUCAAUUUUAUUCCAAAUGUUACCUUGAAAUGAAUAUGAAAUUGAAAUCACAAAAAGAAAAAUGGUCGCAAGACAUUAUUGAAAAGGAACAAACGAGGAUUGCUGAACUAACGACCUUAUUGGAUAAAUCAGUUUCAUUCUCCAAUAAAUUAGAUCUAAUUCCGUAUUUAUCGCAGGAAACUAGAAACAAUUUAAAAUCAGAAUUUAUUGAUAAAUUACGAACCAACUUCCCUGAAAUAAAAACUAAGAAGGACAGGAAGGCAAUUAAAGAAUUAUUUAAUGAUGCAAAUAGAUUUUUGACCUUGUCAGAGGAAGUCAAAUUAAGAAGAACAUAUUUAAAACCGAUCAUGUCCGAAUCAUUGGAAGAUACAUUAAUAAAAGAUAAAAAUAUUGAUAAGAAAACAAUGAAAAAAAUUACUAUAAUAAAACGUUUCAAUUAUGAAAGACACCGUGUAGAUACAAUUGUGAGAACGAAUAGUGCAUUUCUCAACAAACUCUGA